UGCGCGGUGCUGCGCAGCUUCACUCUCCUCAACACUCUACGCUGUCGCAGCUGUUGCGUCAUCAAAGUUGGCGGUAUUUUGAAAUAGAGCGCUGCUGUGUUGUGUCGGUGAAGAAACAACGGUGAAGUUAUUCAUUAUGGCUGAAAUGGAGCCAGACUGUGCAGCAGCAUCGGGGCUGUCGAAGGCUGCUCUGUCUGAGCUGCUGGUCCAGUGCGAGGUCCAGUUUGCUGUGCUGGAAAAGCUUCAGAAUGAGAUUAUACUGAGUGAACGAGAUUGCUGUGACGAUGCUCAGGAGCAGUCAGUAAACCGGCUCGUGGCAACAGAAGCUGAACUGAAGCAGUGGCUGAAAGUGGAGCCUGCACUGUUGUCAGCAAAUUCUGAAGUUUUACUUCAAGCUGGAAAAGAGGAGAUGCUCAAGCUGUGCUCUGAACUUGAAAUGGUUGUUUCUUGCUGUGAAGCGAAGCGAGACAAACUCAGGGAAACAAAGGAACUUGAACAGAAGUGGCUGGAGGAGAAGAAAAAAGUGCUGGUAGCUGCCAGUGAUCAUGUUGUAAGAGUGAAAAAAGAAAAGGAGACCCUAACAGAGUUCAGUGUACUACAGGACACCAAGGACAAAAUACAGAAAAUGAAGGAGUACCAUGAAAGGCUGAUGGAGUCCCUGGGAGAUGUUCUGAAUAAGCAUCUCCCUCUACCAAAAAAUGAAAUGAGUUCAAACAACAACAAGAAGAAGAAGAACACUGACCUGGAGUUAAAUGAAGACUUUAUUUCAUUUAAUGAUAUUCUGGAGAUGCUCAUGAACAAGGCCCUGAAGACCCCACACGACCCCUACGUGAUGAUAGAUGCUUCAUUCUGGCCGCCGUACAUAGAGAUGCUGCUCCGCUACGGGAUUGCAGUGAGGCACCAAGAAAAUAACUUCAAGAUCCGCUUAGAAACCUUUUUCUAAGCUAGUGGUGCAUUAACAAACUCAAAUCUAACUUGUACAGUGUUUAUAUUUAUGUAAUGUAUGGCCUGAUCUGGGAAGAUGAUAGUUUCACGAGUUGGAUUUAAAGUAUUUUUUAAGAACAGCAUUAUAUUCAUAGCGUAACUACUGGUUAUCAUAAGUACAAAACAUUGAACCCUAAAGUUGUAAUUUACUUUUUUUUUAUUAAAUUCGAUAAUAAAUGUAAACUGAUGAUUUGCGCAAGAGGUAACAUUCAAUAUUUUGUAAGUGUAUACUGUGAACUGUUCUUUAUAUAAAACCUUAUAUAUGUAAAUGUGUUUAUACUUUAAAAAGUGCUGUUUUGUUCACACACUAAAAACCCCUUCCCAAGU